CCGGGUUUGACAGCAGCUGUCAAAAUAGCCCAUAAAAGAUGUCCGAAACGAAUGACGACUCGCUUACCUUCGAUUUGGGCAACGACGAUCCUGCCAUUCUUAAUGAGGACGAACUUUUGCUGUCCGACGACGAGAGUGGCAUCAAACUCGACCAGCCGGAUGAAGAUUUCCUGCUGGAAGAGACGGAUGACUGGGUACGCGAUGAGUUGGUAGCGUCGAGAACUGUGGUGCAACCGAAAAGUGAAACCAGUGCGACAGUGCAAAGUGUGCCCCGUGACAGUGAAACGUCCGCACCACGUCUGCCGGUGCCCGUUGUACCGGCCGUAAGCCGGUGCGAUGAUGAUAGUGAACCAACAGAGGGAGCCGGCUGCCAGGAAGCUCCCGCGCCGGCACACCAAACGUUCCACGUCGAUCCACCCAUCGAACCGACCACCACUCGGAGCAGGGACGAUACUGGCGAGGCGAAUGUAGAGGAUGUUGCUGCAACCGGUGCCGAAACAACGGCGCUGCCUACUACGACGGAGGAUGAGGUCGCCGCGGAAAGCGCAUUUGAAGAGCCGCAGCCGGAUGUGCCGGAUGUUGGUGCCAGCGUGUCGAAGGAAUCGUUACGGUCGGCGUCUUCUGGCGGGGGGCUGGGGGUGGAGAGUGGCACGGUUUCCGGCUCGACGACGGUCGAGUACAGUACGUCCGCCCAGUCGCUUGCCGACACGGUCAGCUCGGUCCCGAUGUCAUCGAGCGGUACGCACCGAACCGACCGAACCGCCGCCAGCGCGGAACAGUGCGACACGACCUCGUCCGAGGAUGUGCUGUACCUGUACGCGAACAACCAGGAGCCGGACGGUUCGUACGAUACGGACGAGACGAGCGAAAAGCGUGGCUGGAAGAACGAAUCCAAGAACGAACCGCGCCAUCCGAUGCACCAGCAGCAGCACCAGCACCAGCAGCAACAGCCCCAUCCGCUCCUAGGCCACCAUGGACCCGGCAACCGGCUCCAGCCCGGGUACGGCAAGCCGGGCAUGAAGCACCCGCUACUACCGCCCCAGCAGCAGCAGCACCCGGGCGGCAUGAUUGCGCCCAACAUACUCGGACCGCACCGGCCAAACAAUUUCGGCGCCAUGCAUCCGGGCGGCGGCGGUGGUCGUCCAAUGGACUUCCGGCCCGGUGGCAACCGGCAGCGCUACCCGCUCCGGCCCGGCUUCGGACCGGAAAUGAUGGGCCAGUACCGUGGCAUGGGACGGAUGAACUUUCCGCCCGGGCCACCGCCACCGGGCAUGCACCAUCCGGGCGUACUGAUGCCGGGGGGACCGGGCGGUCCAAUGCCACCGAUGCGCGGGUUCCCAGGGCGGGGCCAUCCGUACGAAAUGGGACGACCGAUGCCGCCGCGUCUCCUCCGCCCGAUGGGAGGUGCCAAUGGGCCACAAAUGUACCGGAAUGCAGGUCCGCCGAACGGGCCACAGGCAAAAGGACCAGCCAUUGGGCAGCAGGGACCUUACGGACCGUCGCAACAGGGGCAAGGUGGUGGUGGUGGUGGUGGUAAUGCGGUCCCGCAGCCGCAAUCGCUCCUGUCCGGCACGUUCGAUCCGAUGACGGUUGGUGGAGGCGGUGGAGGAGGAGGAGCAGGAGUAGGAGGAAGUAUUAGUGGCGGCAUUGUGGGUGGUGCAAGUGGUAGUGUUGGUGCCGGGAGUGGUGCCACGAUUCAGCAACCGUCACCCGUCGCCGCCGCCCCCGCCGCUCCAGUGCCCGGAUUCCCGCAAAAGGUUCUCAUCAAUCCUAAUUUUAAAGGUGGCGUGGAAGCGGUCAAGAAUCAGCUCAUGCGCGAUGCGGCGCUCAGCUCGCAGCAGUUCGUGGCCGGCGUCGCCACCGCCCGGCAGGUCAGCGACGACGAGCUGCUGCGCCAGCAGGAAGAGUUCAUCAACAAGAACCGGAUCGAGGUGGAGAAGCGCCGGCACGAGCGGUCCCCGUCGCGCGAACGUGACCGGGAGCGGGAGCGCGAGCGCGACCGCGAUCGGGCCCGAUCGCGCGAACGGGAGCGAUCGCGCGAGCGCGACCAUCGCGAGCAUCGUGAGCGGGACCGCGACCGCGAACCAUUCCGGGGCCGGUCGCGCUCGCGGGACCGGGACAUGCGGCCACGGUCGAGGGAGCGUGAUCGCGAGCGUGACUAUUCACCCCGCCGGCAUCAUCGCGCUGGCAGUAGGGAUCGGGAUUUGGGACGGCCGGGCCGGCGCAACUUUGGCAGGAGUCGAAAUGCGAGCCGCGACCGCGACGACGACGGCCGGUUCCCGAAGCGGCGAAAGAGCAGUGAUUAUGGGGAAAACAACCGCGGACAUUAUGAGCGCCAUGACGAUGACGAAGAUCCCGAAACGAGGGCCUAUCGGAUGGAGAUAGAAAAGCAGAAGGCGACCCGGGAGAAGAUGCUCCGCGAGAAGGAGAUGCGUCGCAAGCGGGCGGCAGAGGAGAAGCUAAAGUCGCGAUCGAAUGACCCGAAACCUCAGGAAAAUACGCCACCACCCAAGCUGACGCCGUUGGUGGUGACGGAGAAGAAAAUCAUUACGCUGAAAAAGAAGCCGGACCAGGCGGCGGCGGCGGCGGCGGCGGCGUCCGAAUCGACGCACGGCCGUCGCUCGCCGACCGAACGCUCCAACAGCCACGCUAAACCGGCGGCCGGCGAUCAGCAGGAGCGCACGCGUUCGCGCCACCCCGACAACGAGCCGCAGCCGAGUGACGGCAUCAGCAGCGAGCUCAACUCGGAAGCGAUCGAGCUGGAUCUGCUGGAAGAGUUGCUGCUGCGCGAGCCAACGCCCGAACCGAUGCCGUCGAAGCCGUCGCGCGUUACGACCAGCAGCGGCCAGGUGUCCACGACCAGCGGUACGGCCCACGUCACCACCUCAUCGUCCGGUGGGGAAGGGGCAGCAGGGUCGAAGGGUGGACGGGAUCGUCACCCGACCACAACCAGUGGCAGCAGCGGUGGAACAGCAGCAGCGACCGGAGGUGGUAGCAGCCGACGCAUCGUGCUCAUGAAGCCGUCCGGCGGCGACAAGAAGGACCGGCUAGCGGACGGAGGAGGCGGAGCGACAGCAGCUGGCAACAACAGCAACAGUAGCAGCAGCAGCAGCAGCAACCGGAAGGCGCGCAUCUUCGACCGGCUGGACAGACGGAUCGGUGUGAAUGAGGCGGACAAGCGAAAAAUCCAGAGGUUAGUUAAGGACAAUUAAUCGGUUUUCCAACGUCCCCGCUCUCCUUCACACAACCAUUUCUCCCCUCCGCUCCCGUGCCCUCUCUCGCGGGAAGCAAACACAUUGUUCAGCAGCCGAUUAAUGCGGACGCACCCAAUGCCAUGCCCCAGCUUCACGUGCAUUAGUGUGUCCAAAUUAUACAUAUAUAUGUGUGUGUGUGCAUUCGUGUGUGUGAGAGAGAGAGAGAGAGAGAGAGAAUUUGAAUCCACGCUUGGGGUGGAUUGUUUGGCACGUGUUAGGAACUCGGCAAGAUGGCGCCGGUUGUUCGCGUGCAGCUACAGUAGUGUAUAGUGUACCUCUUGCGGGAAUAUGUAGAACCAACCUGAUUUUUUUGUUAGGAGAAUCGUUUUGUUUCCGAGUUUGCCUCAACUUUUCUUUUUAUUAUUAUUCUUAGUCAUAUUUUUAAUGCUUACACACCACUGCAGAAUAUUUCAGUGGAUCAAACCAUCUUUUAUGGUACAUAUACACGCGUUGUACGAUCCGUUAGCAUCAAACAAACAAACAAAAAGCACUCCCACACUUUGCUACAGGGCAGGAGAAAUUGGUAGACUGUUUUUUUUUUAACAAUUAAUAUUAUGUAUUAAACUGUAUCACAUAGUAUACAAGUGCACGUUUCUUGCGCAAGGCAACAACGCGUUUUAUAGCAACAACACAACCCGACAUGAUCAUUACGCGCAAGCAUUUCUGUCGCCGUCGUCGUCUUCGUCGUCUCGUUUUCCCCACACUUAUCAUGUAAACGCUUAUUUAACGAGGUCAUUUUACUUACCUGGACUUUUUUGCCCGUUUUAGCAGAAACGGUGGCACCGCUGCGAUUUUAAUUUGUAUUCACUUUUGUUCUGUUUUCGUCGUGUGUUUGCGCGUGUAUUUCGAACAACAACUGCGCGGUGUAAUACGCUCUUAGAAUAAGUGAUGUGUAAAGACUUUUUUCUGUUUUUUUUUUUGUUGGUUUCGAUAGGUUAACUAGUUAAGCAAACAAACAAACCCCGAUUGUCCAGAUUGUUGUGUAUGUACGGUACGGUUACAUAGGUGUGGCUACACGUGAUCUGCCUUUCAUUGUAUUGAUUGUAUGCGAUAUGACACGCGGGGGCUUGACGACCACACACACACAUAUAUAUAUAGAAAAGGCUUGGCAAACAAGUGAAGCAAUUAAAACAUAUUUUAUUAUUACAACAAAUACAUUGCCACUCUCGCAAAGGAACCCAAACAAACAAACAAAAAACCCUUUGACCGUAAGCUUUAUUGCUUGAAGGCGAUGGUAUAGGAGUGGAAGGUAGUGAAGGCAAACAAAAAAAAAAAACAUGCAAGAACAACAAGAAAAGAAAAAAAGUAACAAAAUUUAAUGAUAAAUGUUAAGAACACUAAUACUAACACUGUAGCAAAACAUGUAACGUCAUCUUCUUCACCCUUUUUUAGUUCCAUUUGGUCCUUUAUUCUUUUUUUUUCAUUUUUCCUUCCUUUCAUCCUUCUCCCUUAUCUUCCACGUGUCCUUAUACAAAGUUGAUCCUCCAUUUUCCUCCCUUUUCCAUUAAAAGUAAUUGUAACUGUUGCAGUCUAGAUAUUGUCCUCUUCUCCUCUCCCCUCCCCUCUCCCCCCCCCCUCUCCCUAACCCACGCAGUGUAACGACACUACUUUAAGAUUAACCAAAUAAAAUAAACGCAUCAAAAAGGGCGCGUGCUGCUCACUACACGCGUGGUGUGUGUAGUACCAGCGCGCACACGAUGAGAAAGCGCAGCCCCUGCAAUUCCAAGCAAAACAACAACAAAAACCAAAAUACACCGAGCGUGUGCGUGAGCGUUUUAUUCGAGUGUAUGUGUGUGUGUGACGGAGUGUGUAAAUAAUAAGUUUCGUUUCGUUUGUAGUAGUGUUCAGUUCGGUUGUACUAGCAUUAGCGGUUAAGAAGAUUAGUGUCGACGCACGUCGUGCGCGAGGCGCGUUUGCGUUAUUGCGACCGCGGAACACAGCGUAACACACAGUGGGUGGGGCGGUGUGCCAUCAGAAUUUGGGGGUAACGUUUGGGACCGUAAUUUUAAGUAACACAGCUCUCUCCUUUUUUUUAGUAAAAGUAGUAUCAGCAACCGUAAAUAGUGAAUAUUUUAGCUCGAAUAGGUCGAAGUUGGAUGAUCGAUCGAAAGGACGAGAGCCCCUGCGGGGUUUGUCCCUACAUUACGAUACGUUGCCAUAUGCACCCACGAUGCUACCUAGGUAAUAGGAAUGAUUGCAGAGAAGAAGAAAAAACUCCGACAAGCGAAUUUUAGUACAAAGCAACCCAUGAGCGUGGAAUCGGAGCAAAAAAAAAACAAAACAUUCCGCAGUAGGCAGAACGGCUCGGUUGCCACGUAACGUACGCCAAUACUUGUGAUAACGUGUAAUUAUGCUCUCUAUGCCUCUCUCGCUGUCUCUCUUCCUAUUCCUCUUUCUCUCUCUCUCUCUCUCUUUAGCUGCGAUUAAUAUGACCAUUUACGUUAAUUUAGGUAUUUGGCAGGCAAACAUAUGACAGAUUGUCUACAUUUAUGUGAUGCUUAAUCAGAAGAAAGUUGGCGCUAAUGCCAACGUUAAACAAAUUCCACUUAUCGCACACGCCCGCACAGUAGAGAGUCGACUGGGGUGUCUCGUGCUACCAAUGAAAGUGUUUAACACGUGAUCGUGGACGAGAUGAUGUAGUGUGUAGCACGUGAUAGGUUGCUUUUGCCCAGGAAUGAUCCCCCCACCCCAGUCAGCACAGCACAGUCCGUGGGCGGCGGGUUCGUGUGUAUCGGUUUGUUAGUGUGUUGAUGAAGGUAGCUCAAUUCGCGGUUAGAGUCACGCUCUUGUUUUAUUUUGAACUUUAAUUUACUUCCUUUUCUUUUGGGGUACCUUUGAGGGAUUUUUUUUAGUUGUUGUGGGUAGUAGUAGGUGAUGGACUUGCAACUCCUUGCCGACUGAUCUUUCUUCCCUUUGCUGCUAUCGCUAGGCUCUGCUCUACGAGGAGGGGCUGGGGUUUUCGCGUAGCAUUUUAAACAGUAUCAAACACGAGUGGAAAUCCAUUUCCAUUUCAAAAACACACAACACACCACGUAAAGAGGGUAUCAACCAACCAACCAACCAACCAAAAACCUAAAAAAAAGAUGCGAAAAAAAUAAAACUCGCCAAAAUGCUCCGCAAAAUAAAAUAAAAAAACCUUUCGUUUUUGCAAAGGAUUUCCUAAACAAA